GUGCAGUGUGGGAUGGGAGGGGCCAGGGCUCUGCCAAGUGGGCGGGGCGUUCCUGGCCCGGCACACUGGUUCCUGAGAGGCCACUGGCAACUCCACUCCAGGGCUGGGAGGAGAGCUCCAGGGGUACCCCUCUCCCCCCACCCCCUCACACCAUGCAGGGGCCAUCAGGAGGUGGCCAGUGGUAGGCAGUGCAGGCCAGUGAUCCGGAAGUGGGGCUUGCAGAUAAAAGAGGGACUGACUAGCUGGGAAGGGGCAUAUGAAACCACCCUAGUAUUCAACACCUUGGGACACAAGAUGGAUUUUCCGGAACAGACUUUGGGAGCCAUGCCUUUGUACACAUAGGCACCUCUAGGCAGCAGAUCUGGCCAUGUGGCUGUCAAAGGGAGGGUGCGGCUUUGUUGGAAGUUCAUCAGAGAAAUUAGUCUGGAAGUGGCUCCCCCCCAAGAGCUCCUGUUGCCAGGGCUUCUUGGCUGGGCAGGGAUGGAAUAAAAGGCCCAGGCUGUGGUCUCUGAAUGAACUGGGUUUGUGGGGCUCCCCACCCCUGGGAGUCUAUUGGCUCACUUCUUCCUGUUUCAGAGCUCUCCUCUGUGGAGCUGCAUGGGUUAGGUUUGAAGUCAGUCUUUCUGGGUGGUUGCUGGCUUUAGGACUCCCUCCUGGGGGCAUUUCCUACCACCCAACCUGUUCAGGUCUCUCCUGGGGACUUAGCAGACAGUGGGAGAAACAGCUUUUUCCCUCCUGCGUCUCUGCUCUUGGAUGCCUCCCCAAUAAGUAACUGCAGCUCGGGCCUUGUUAGAAUGCAGGAGUCCCACUUGAAGAGGGGAAACCAAGUGUCACUCCCAUCUGUCAAUUUGUCCCUCUUUGUGGCAUUGAAUAUUUUCUGUGGGCCAGUCUCACUGGCUGGUUGGCUGGGUGGGCUGGUGUCACAAGCCCCCCACCUGGACCAGGAGAUCCAAGGUGACUAUGGAAUUGCCUAAGCCACCCCUUAGUCCCUUCUUCCUGGUCAUCUUUGCAGCCUUGGAUGUGUUGGCCACAGCCUUCUGAAAGUCCCCUUCCUGGGACCCUGGACCUGGGCCCCCUCCCUCCUGACCCCUCUGUCUUUGGCUCCUCUCCCUGGGCAGCCCCCUCCACUUCCACACUGUUCACUAUCACCUCCACAAAUUUACUUUUUUAUUCCUGACUGCAGUCCCGAGAGCCAGCUCUGAGAUUCCACCUGCUGGCCAGCCCUGCCACUGGCUGGGACAUUAAACUUGCCCAGCUGUUACAAAACUGGCCUUCUCUGCUGUCCAUCCAUUUCCCUACACGUGUGGCUGUCAGCACUGGCAUCUGUUGACCCACCUCUCCCAGGAGUCUAGAUUCCUUUCCGUUCCUGGUUUAAAUAUAGUGGAGUGAUUGGGAGUGCAAGGCCUCAAGCUGGAGAACCUGGGUUCAAAUAUUGGCUCUGAGUGACCUUGGGCAAUUUACUUAAAUCUCUCUGGGUCUCAGUUCCCUAUCUGUAAGGUGGAAAUAAUAGAACCGACUCCAUGGCUUGAGACUGAUGGAGAGAAUGUACAUAAGCACUGAUGUAAAGCCUGGCCCAUCAGAGGCCUCAAAACCUUUGGUCAUUGUUGUUAGAAAAGCUUGCAACUUUCCUAACUGGAACUCGUGUGCUGUUUACUUCCCCCUCCAAUCCAUCCUGCAUCCACUGCACAGACUGGUCUCUCUUCCUUAUGGAGGAACUUUCAUUGGCUCCCUUUUGCUCAUCAAGCUGGCAUUCACUUUGUGCAAUUUAGCCUUGUCCACCACAGCUCUUUGUGCUCUGAUUUGCUCCUGGCUGUGUGUAUGUAAUGCGUGUGUGUGCGGGCACGUGCACACACACACACACACACACACACACACGCUGUCAAGGUGUAUUUAGGAAGAGGCUCUGGGUUCAGUGACCACUUGGCCAAGGCUGAAGGACCUCCUUAGGCUUUGCUGCUGAGGAAACGAAGGGGCUGUCCAGGCCAGGCCUCCUGUUUGUCUGGAGGGGAAAGAAAACACCCUGUCCAAACAGGCAUCCUGGGAGGUGGCUGCUUGAUGGCUGUGCUGACAGAUGUCAGGAUUCUAAGGUAGGGUCACCCCUGUUGGAGGACCAGUCAGAAAGGCUUCUGACCCACCCCCCCCGUGGGCUGCUGGGAUCACCAUCCCCCAUCCUGUGCUCCCCCUCCUCCCAGGGUUCAUUCAAGCCCUACCUACUAUGGACAGCAUCCCUGUGCCUGACACUGAGUUAAGAGGCUGACUGGUGAUUUCCUGACGGUCAAACUCAGAGGCAGGAGGGAUGUCAGCGCCCCCUUGCCUUCUAUAGGGGGAAAGGUGGGUAUACAGAACUCUCACCCCUCCCUCUCCUGAAGGUGGGGGGCAGCCAUAGUCCACCUGCAGUGUGGAGAGGGGUUCCACCUGCUUAGUCCCAAUGCUUUUGGUAAACCGGAGCGUUCUAAUGAGACCCUCCCUCUACAAACUGUCCUCUUCCAUCCUCUCCCACUUCUUUCUCCCAGAUGUGACAGCCUCAACUCCUGGAUACUCCCUUCGCAGUGCGGCCAGCAGCUCUGCGGGUUGGGUGGUUUCCAGCCGAGUCUGGAGAUAGCCCAAGUCUGUAGCACCUCCUCCCUUUGGGCCCAGCCCGAGGGAGGGAAAGGGGCGUGUGUUCCUUUAAGGGGCUGGCCCGGCGGGAGCGCGGGGAUUUGUCCGCUGCCGCUUCCUUUCUGGCCAUUCAAGAUCCCCAAAUCCGCCUGAUUCCUCGGACCCUGUCAGCCCGCAGCCUGGAGCGCUCGAGACGUCGAGGAGCCGCCUGGGGACGUCUGCCCCAGCCCCAGCCUUCCCUGGGACGCCUGGGCUCCGCCACGCGCACGGCGCCAUGGGCCUGCCGCUCCUCGUCCUGCUGCUUCCGCUGCGCUGCGUCUCGGGCCUGCCCUUCUACAACGGCUUCUACUACUCCAACAGUCCUAACGGCUGGAGCCCGGGCCAGGGCCACGGAGAAGGCAUCUUCAAUGGAGUGAAGCUGGUGGUAGAGACGCCUGAGGAGAUCCUGUUCUCCUACCGUGGGGCCAACGUGACCCUGCCCUGCCGCUACCACUACGAGCCGGCCCUGGUCUCUCCUAGGCCCGUACGCAUCAAAUGGUGGAAACUGUCGGAGAAUGGAGCCCCGGAGCAGGACGUGCUGGUGGCUAUUGGGCUGAGGCACCGCGCCUUCGGAGACUACCGAGGCCGGGUGCGUCUGUGGCAGGAGAGGGAGCGUGAAGUGUCACUGGAGAUCCGGGACCUGAGGCUGGAGGACUAUGGGCGCUACCGCUGCGAGGUCAUUGAUGGGCUGGAGGAUGAAAGUGGCCUGGUGGAGCUGGAGCUGCGGGGUGUGGUCUUCCCUUACCAGCACCCCCAAGGGCGCUACCAGUUCAACUUCCACGAGGCCCAGUGGGCCUGCGAGGAACAGGAUGCGGUGGUGGCUUCCUUUGAGCAGCUGUUCCGGGCCUGGGAGGAAGGCCUGGACUGGUGCAACGCAGGCUGGCUGCAGGACGCCUCUGUGCAGUACCCCAUCACGCAGGCCCGACACCCCUGCGGUGGCCUGGGCCUGGCACCCGGCGUGCGCAGCUAUGGCCCACGCCACCGCCGCCUGCACCGCUAUGAUGUGUUCUGCUUUGCUGCUGCCCUCAGGGGGCAGGUGUACUACCUCGAGCACCCUGAGAAGCUGACACUGGCAGAGGCAAAGGAGGCCUGCCAGGAAGACGGUGCCCAGAUCGCCAAGGUGGGCCAGCUCUUUGCUGCCUGGAAGUUCCACGGCCUGGACCGUUGCGACGCUGGUUGGCUGGCAGAUGGCAGUGCCCGCUACCCUGUGGCUCACCCACGUCGCAACUGUGGGUCCCUGGAGCCUGGGGUCCGAAGCUUCGGUUUCCCAGACCCACAUAGCCGCAAGUAUGGCGUCUAUUGCUACCGGCCCCGCUAGCACCCGGGCUCUAGCUCUGUACUCACGCCUACCCCAUCCCCUCACGGGCUGUUAUUUAUCGAGUAGUUCAUUUUCCCUUGCAGGUUGGGGCAAUUUUCAUUUUGUUUUUAUACUUUUCAACUUAAAAAUUUUUUAAAUACUAUUUUUUUGUAAAUCCCACCGAUCCCAGAUCUUCCCUUUACUCAGGUAGACACCCCAAGGCUCUCCCCCUCCAUGAAUUCUCCUGUCCCUCUCCUCCAGGACCUUUGAGGUUCAUGGGCUCACGAGGGCUCUCUGCCAUUGCUGAGUCCAGCCCCUUUCCCUGCCCCUGGGAGGCUGGCGCCCAGAGCUGGCAGUGGCACGAGAUGCCAGGGCGUGGUGGCUGCAAUCCUCCCUCCGCCUCAGCCUGAGGGAGGAGAGGGCAUCCAGGGUGGCUCUGGAGCUGGGCUUUGGGCCUUGCAGCCUCCUGCCCUCUCGUACUUCUUUGGCAAGCAGCUGGCCCACAUCAGCAUGGCAGAGGAGCUAGGGCUGGAAGUGGGUCCCUGGGCUUCUGUGUGACAUACCAGGGAAGAGAGAGACUUUCCUCCUCAUUUUUUCCUUUCUUAGUUCCAAAGAGUCCAUAUUUUGUUCUCAUUUUUCCCUAUUUGGGGAGCAGCCCUCAGGUGUGUCUACUUUUUUUGUACAAUAAAUGGUGCUGUGACCCCUUCCUUCACCCCGA